CAUCACGUUUGUCUGCGCAUUGCUUGUCUUGACAAGCGGCGCGAUCUGACCGUUUCAGCUGUAUUUCCCGCAGAUUUCAUCAUUUGUCGUAUGCAGCGUUGUCGAACCUCUCAGUUCUUUCCUCGUCGUUCGCGCACCAGGAAAACAAAACAUGCCGGAGCCCAUUGCCAAGGCACCGCCCCUUCAAGGCGUGCAGUCCAACUUUGUAAAUCGGCUGAGCGAACUGCCUGCCGUCACGAGCCUGUGGGAAACGGCUGCGCAGUCGUACGCCCGCGCCAAGGCGAACCCGGGCCUGCUGGCGUUUGCGAUUGGCACCGCCGAGAGAUCGGCGGCAAUGGCAUUCGCCUCUAGCAAGCCAGUCGUGGACAAGUUGGCCACGCCGAUCAGCAUUGUCGACGGCUUGGCGUGCAAGGGACUCGACAAGCUCGAGGAAGUCUACCCCGAUGUCAAGAAGAAGCCGCACGACCAGAUAAUGACAGACGCCGUCGAGUACGGGCGCAAGAAGUACGGCGACGUGAAGGAUUACGGCAUCACCAAGAUCAACGACAUCAGGAGUGUGUCUGCUGGAACGGUUCAUAGGGUGGUGCAUCCUGCGGAGACUAUCUCGCAGUGCCAGAGUCAAAUCUUGGUUUACGCCAAGCAAGCUCUUGCUGCUACUGAAGCUACAUUGGACCAGCACAUAGCGUCCCUUGGAAUCGACAUGAAGAAGGAUGGCAACGAGGCUGUGCCUCCGGAAGAGGUGGCUUUGCUCGCUAGGCUUGACAGUAUCUCCCGCAAGGCAUCGACGUGCGCCUCGCGACACGCCGCCCUGCAGCUGAGGGUGUUGCAGCGCUAUGCGGGCGACUCCAUUGCCCGUUUUCAGAUGGCUCUGCAGGUGAUCCAGAGCAUGAAGCAGAAUCUGACUGCUGGCACCAACCAGUCCUUCCAGGAGGCCCUGGCUCGCAUGAGCCUCCAGUCUUCCUGGCUCCAGGGACUACUGAGCGAUCCCACUGAUGAAGCUCAGCUCAAGAAUUUACAGGCCACUGUGCUCAGUUUUGCUCGAACUGCACUGAGUACGGCUGGUUGUGCACUGGAGCAGCCUGCAGUCCUGGUUCGAGGCAUGUCCUCCCAGUUGCAGGAGUCCUACAGUCGGCUGCUCAACUCUAUAUCCGACAUGCUGCAGACAUUGACGGGCGUUGCCAACAUCAGCGAGCUCACUACAGUCACACUCAACAACCUUCACCUGCAGUCCAUCCGGCUUGAGUAUUCUGUCCGCCUGUUUACACACCAGGCACUGGAGUGGCUGACUACACUUCCGGGUAUGGAGCGCCUGUUGCAGACCCCCACUGAGAUGACGUCUUUUGGCUCAGACUCGACGCAAAUGGUCGAGUCAUCAUCCGAGGAAGAAUCCUCUGCAGAUGAAUCUCUGUAGCCCUUUUUUUAGCCUGCAUUCAUAUAAGUAUCGAACAAAGCUUUUGUGUGAGGGUGCACCACUGGCAUUUAUAGACCCAACCAAGUUCUGUCAGUGAGGUUGCAGACACAUUCCAUAUGUAUACUGUUACUUAAAUAAAGCUGUUUGCUUGGAA